GCGACCAUUUCUUGAUGCUCUCUGCUCACGUUCCAAUUAGGGAUUGGACUUUCAUGAAACCCCUUUUAGGCCUCUAGCUAAUAACAAAUUGGGAAAGAAACUCCUCCUCCCACCCCCUCCUCCUAGGCCCAAACCCAAUGCCCACUUUGGUGACCCCGGACUCUGCCAAAACCCUAACCACGGCCGACGUGUUCGAUCAGUGGCUGACGGCUGACGCUUUUAUUUUUAGUCACACACAUCAUAUUCCCCCCUUUUUUUAUUUUUUUCCAUUAUUUUUUAUUUUUCAUUUCUCCCCACAAAAAAAAAAAAAAAAAUAUUCUUGGUUUUAUCCAUUUUGGGUUCGCCGACAACCGCCAAACCUCUGCAAAUUCAAAGCCCUCUCUCGCCGGAAUCCGUACAUUCUGAUCUCAUUCUGGACAGGUGGAUUUUGUGUAUAUAAUCUCCAUUGCUGGAGGAGCAUAGAGCUUUUUUUUAAGUCUCAAGAGUUGGAGUUGUACAAAUGUCAGAAGGCGACAUGGCGGUUAUUAAACCUAAGAUGUUGAAGUCUUAUAUCUGGCUUCAGACAACUGAUGGUUCAAUCCAACAAGUGGAGCAAGAGGUUGCCAUGUUUUGCCCGUUGAUAUGUCGAGAAGUUUUACAAAAAGGGAUGGGAUCGUCCAAGACCCAUGCGAUAUCUCUUCCAGAAAGAGUAAAUACUGCCAUGUUGAGCCUAAUUCUUGAUUAUUGCAGGUUUCAUCAAGUACUGGGUCGCUCUAAUAAGGAAUGCAAGUCGUUUGAUGAAAAAUUUAUUCGAAUGGACACGCAGAGGCUCUGUGAGUUGACAUCAGCUGCUGAUAGCCUCCAGUUAAAGCCAUUGGUUGAUCUGACCAGUCGUGCUCUUGCACGAAUAAUUGAAGGGAAAACGCCUGAGGAGAUACGUGAGAUAUUUCAUCUUCCCGAUGAUCUUACAGAGGAAGAGAAGUUGGAGCCGUUGAAAAAUGUGACUGAUGAUCCACGGAUACGGCUUUUGAAUCGACUGUAUGCAAGAAAGAGGAAAGAACUUAAGGAAAGAGAGAAAUUGAAGAAUACUGAGAAUGGAGAGCGAAAUGAUGACCGUUCAGUAGACGAUCUCUUGUCAUUCAUUAACGGAGAAAUUGGAGAUUCCAAAGAGAUCAAAUCAUCCAAGAAUAAAAAGAAGAAUCGUAGAAGAAAAGAUCAACAGAAAAAUACUUGUCUAUAUGAGGCCAAUGGCAGCCAUGAGGAGCCAAAAAGUUUAAAGUUUGUUUGCCCCAGUGACGAAGUCAACAAAUUUAGGCCCAGUCCCAGUUUGACAUUAACGUUACAAGAUCUGGAACAUGACAGUCUGAAUGAUCAGCUUGAGUUUGUUGAUGGUGAUAUCGAUGAUGAGAUUGAUCCAGCUUUAAAAGCACAAAUUGAUAGGGAGGUUGAAGAUUUUGCUCGGAGGUUGAAUUCUGACUGGCCUCAAAGGAUGCAAGAAAUUCUAUCUUUGGGUCAAGAAAGGAGGCGGGCGCAAUUUUCCAUUAACGGAAAUGAAUCUUUAAGAAGAUAUGCUUCUUUCAAUCUUCAGACAUAAUGAUACACUCUCUUCCUUGAGAAGAAUCAGUGCUGGGGAUCAAUCCCUGGAGCAAAUCCAGAGUGGAAAUGAUUAUCCCUCUGUCCGCCAAUGGCUGGAACAAUUUUGACCAAAUGCUAACAGGCUUCUAAGAGUUACUAUCAUUUACUUGGAUCCAAAUGUGAAUUUUUUUUUUUUUUUUUCUGUUGUCGUUCUCUAGAAUUCAAUUCUUUUUUCUUUUGUUGGGGUAAGUAGGACACAGUUUUCGGGGGUAACUUUUAUACUUGGUACUUCUAGUGGAACAAAUAAAUUAUUACAGUAAUUUGUUGUCAUGAGCUAAAUUUUGCUCGGUUAUCACAAGCUUGUAUGAGAUUACAUUUAUUUCUUGCGCUUUUUAAGGAAUAAUGAAUAUAUCUCAUUUAUCUUUGCAA